CUCAGUGUUUCUUUCCCAUUCGACAUAAACAGCGCAAGUCAUACCUCCAAAGUCGGAAAUCGAACGCAAAUCCGCUUCCGGAAACUCUGCUUUCAGGGGACGAUGAAAGUGAAUGAGAAGCAGAGUUGGGCGGUGUCGCAGUCCGAUGUUGUUUAUCAUUUCGGUACGAGUGGACUUUCCGUUGCGGCUGCCACCGCGGUAACUCAUCCUCUAGAUGUUCUUAAAGUUAGGCUGCAAAUGCAACUUGUUGGCCAGAAAGGCCCCCUUACUGGAAUGGGACGAUUGUUUCUCCAAACUUUGAAAAACGAAGGGCCAAGAUUUUUGUAUCUGGGGUUGGCACCAGCAUUGACAAGGUCUGUUCUUUAUGGGGGUCUCCGUUUAGGCUUGUAUGAGCCCUCAAAGUAUGCCUGCAAUUGGGCUUUUGGGUCGACCAAUAUUUUUACGAAGAUUGCAUCUGCAGGAUUUGGCGGUGCAAUUGCAACUGCACUGACAAAUCCAGUUGAGGUUUUGAAGGUGCGGUUACAGAUGAAUCCACACUUGAGUAAAGGUGGGCCAAUGGGAGGACUGCGUAGGAUGAUUUCUGAAGAGGGAUUGAAAGCUCUUUGGAAGGGAGUUGGCCCUGCUAUGGCCAGAGCUGCUACGUUGACUGCAUCACAACUUGCAACAUAUGAUGAAACCAAGCGGAUAUUGAUCGGGUUGACAUCACUUGAAGAAGGAUUCAAUCUACAUCUCAUCUCAAGCGCUGUCGCAGGCAUGGCGAGUACCCUCAUAACUGCACCAGUGGACAUGAUAAAAACCCGUCUGAUGUUGCAGAAGGAAUCUAAAAGGAUGGGAAGCUAUAAAAAUGGAUUUCACUGUGCAUACCAGGUUAUGCUUACAGAAGGCCCCAAGGGUCUUUACAAGGGGAGCCUUGCAACUUUUGCAAGAUUGGGUCCACAAACUACAAUUACCUUCAUACUGUGUGAGAAGUUGCGUGAGCUUGCUGGAUUGAACGCAAUCUAGCCUUGGGAUCAGCAAUCUGCAAUCGCCAUCGCCGACUCUUCUGGCUGUAAUGAGUUCUUUUCAAGUGGAAGAUAAGCUCACACCACAUUCCCACAACUUCCCAUUUAGGGGAAGGGGAGUUUUUUUUACUAUACUAGCUUUGUUCUUGAGUUUUCUAGGUGGUUUUACAGUACCAUUGCAUUAUUAAGGAGAUCAUUAUGAAUAAGGUCUGCGUGUCAUUAUAGCCCUUAGGAAGAGGCACCAAUUAUUUUGAUCACGUUGUUUUGUGUACCGUGAUCCCACAUUUUUUCGCUCGAACCUGGGUGUAUCUAAUUGAACAGUGUAUCUCCAGUAACUCUUGUCCCU